AUGUCAGAAAUCAAGAUCCAGUCUGGGAUCAUUAUGAGUGGACUAGGAAUUGCUCAUAUAGCCCACGAUUUGGCUAUUCCAUCGCCCGACGCAGGCCAACUUCUGAUCAAGACACGAGCCAUAGCUCUCAACACGCCCGACUGGAUGGCGCUGGACAAGUUGGGGAGACCAGGUGCCGGAAUGGGCUUUGACUUUGCUGGUGAAGUCGUGGAAAUCGGUGACAGAUGCGAGAAUUGGACGGUCGGUGACCGGAUAGCUGGGUUUAUUCAUGCGUGUCAUGCCGUAAACUAUGCGAAUGGUUCCUUCCGGGAAUAUCUAUUGGCAGAUGCAGAUCUUGUGAUGCGCAUACCGGAAAAUCUCCCAUUUGCAGAUGCUUCAACGCUAGGCAUGGGGAUUAGUACCGCUGCGCAAGCACUUUACCAGUGGCUUCCUUUGCCGUUGCCUACUAGUGAUGCAACACCGUCUGGCCAUACCGUUUUGAUUUACGGCGGAAGCACUGCAACCGGCAGCAUUGCUAUACAAUUAGCGAAACUCUCAGGACUCAGGGUCAUCACAACGUGCUCAGAGCAACACUUCUCUUGGCUCAGAUCUCUGGGCGCCGAUGAGGUCAUCAAUUAUCGUAACCCUGAUGCUAUCGAGAAAAUCAGAACCCUUGUCCACAAAGACGGUUUGUACUCAGUUCUGGACUGCAUUGCAGAUACUAAGACUGCUGCCUUUUGUUAUGAAUGCUUUUCUGUCCCUCAAGAAUCGUCAGAACAGGCUCCGUCGUUGGUAUAUGCUGGACUCAUGGUACCACCAGAUGUGCCGGAGCAACCAGAGUCUCUUCCAGCCUCCGCCAAGGUCAAAAGUGUGUGGAACAUUGUUUACACAUGUUUUGGAAGACGCUUCACUAUUAUUAAUGAGGAUUUGGGGAUAAAGCGGACGUGGGAGGCGUCGAAGGAAGACAAAGCUUUUAUGAUCGCAUUUUAUCGGCGCGUUGAAGAAUUCCUUCAAAACAAAUUGUUGAAACCCAUGCCGAUUGAAAUACGCAAAGGAGGCCUUGAGGGUGUUCUCGAAGGGGUCGAUGAUGUUCGUCAGGGCACCGUUCGUGGGAAGAAAUUAGUUUAUGAGCUAUGA